AGUGCCUCAAAGGCAGAGGAGAACGGAAUCUUAGCCGCAAUGCCACGAUGUCCAUGGCUGCUCCUGAUGCUGGUGGGCCCUGCUGCAGGCCUUGUGCUGUCUACGCCCUCGUUCCCAGUGACCGUCUCCCAUGGAAAGACCGCCUUGCUUCCAGUCUUGUUGAAUUUCUCUUCUUCAGUGCCCACCUACUUCCAGAUCCGAUGGCGUUUCAUCACCAGCCCAGGGCUGGUUUUGACUGUGAAAGCUGAUAAUUGCAAGGGAGGCAGUGGUACCCGUCAGUGGUGGGAUGCUUGCGAGAUCACAGUGGUGAAAGCAGAGAGAUACAGGCACCGAGUGGAGUGGUCUUCUGAAAAUGCUUCACUGAUAUUACGGGAUGCCAGAGUAGAAGAUUCGGGAAUUUAUGACAUCAAGGUGCUGGCUUUGGGUGUCAGAGUGUCAGCCAACAUCAACUUAACUGUGAUCAAUGAAACCAGCAAUCCCCCCUUGAAUGCUGCUGCCUUUGAUGAUCAGAGAAGAGGGACCUCUUCCAACAAAAGCACAAAUGUAGCAGCUCCAAUCUCUUUGGUAAAGACGGAAUUUGGCAGAGACUAUACGGUGACCAAUAUCAUCCGACUGAGCUUAGCUGGCCUGAUUCUCUGUCUCCUCGGAUUCAUCAUAGGAGAGAAUGUUGCCUCCUCUUACUCCAGAUCGCGAGAGGCAAGGGUGCAUCAGACGGAAAUUCCCUUCUCCUCCUCCUCGGUUGAGCAUUGUUUCCUGACUUAUGAAAAUCACCCAAGUUAGGUGAUGUGGACUUAUAAAAUUUGUUGCUGAUCUUCUGCAUUCCUUCUUUGCAACAGGCCAUGUCCUCCCCUUCUCAGCCACUAAAGUAUUUGUUAUGGGGUGGAUGGAUCCUCCUUUCUAGGAGAAAAGGUCCUUGUACUCAACGCUACACAGUCUACUAUUGCAUCACUUCGCCCUUGCUCUGCAGCUUCUGGAAAGGGGUUGUAAGCCCACUGCUGGCUAGAAUGCACAGAUGACUCAUUUUUGGCAUUGACAGCAUUGGCAUGUGACACGAGGCUUAUGUGCUCAGAAGUUUGCACUCUCAGAAAUGGAUACAGGAACUGGCUGUAGGUCUGAACAAAGCCACUUCCACAAGCGCUCGCUUGCUGUCCAAAUAGUUGGACUUCUACUCCUGUAAAUCUCAACUAGCAAGUCAAAGUCCCAAAGGUGCUUUUUCAGGAGGCCACUAGCUAUACCAUUUGGGAUGGACACCCUUGGAAUGGUGUGGGGGUAGGAAUGGAUUUCCAGAGGAAAAAUUGCAGACUUUAGGAACCAGGAGCACUGCUCAGGUGACCCUGAGGACACAGAUAAAUCUCCAAAUGCUUCAACGACCCGCUAAAAGGAUACAAAUUACCAGCUGUCUGCAAGGAAUAUAAAUCCUUCCUUUCCCCACUAUCCUGUCAGAGCUGAAGAAGCUUCUUGGAUGAGAAGCGAAACGUCUUCAAAAGGAAAAACAAGGAAGUCCAGUUGCCUCCUGGAAAAGCACCUUUGGGACAACCAUGACCUGGAUGACUGAGAAUCUCUACAGACUUUUAGCAAGUCAAAACAUUCCAUGUUUGCUGGAAUGAUGGGAUUGAAGUCCAAUGUAUUUUGGAGAGCAAUUAGCUGGAGAUGGUUGGACCAGGAAGUUGGAGAUAUCUCUGGAGAACAAACUUGGUUUGUUCUACACCAGGCAGUCCUGAAAGUAUCUACAGUGGUUUAAUUUUCUUUUUCCUCAAACAUCUCCCCUGAAGAAGACUUCAGAGGGUCCCUUGGUGCUCUCUUAGCUUGUUUUCUUUCAGAUAUUUCAUUACCCAAACUAGUGACAUCAGUGCUAGUGAAAGCAAAUCCUACUCCCUACUGGCACUGAUAAUGUUACCUAUUUGGGUCAUGAAAUGUUUGCAAGAAAAUACCAAACUCAGGGAGCACCAAGGGCCCCUCAUUUCAACCCGAGCUACAAAUAUUCUCCUUUAUUGAAGAGGUCAGAGCUUUUCUAGCAGUUGAUGUCCCUAGUGAGUAUCUCUGUAGGCCUGACAUUUCAUGUCCCCUGAGAAUCAUUGCUGGUCGUCUAUCAGAGACUGUAAAGCAAACAUGUCCAGCCAUGUUCGCAUCUUCAUUGCCCACCUACAGCAAGCCAAGGUAACUCUAGCCCACAAAUCGUUGACUUCUAAUAAAAGAGUUUGGUUAUUA